CAACCGCACGCAACGCAGGCGUUCUAUCAUCCGCGACUUGCGCGGCCCUGCAGCGUCUAUGGUCUCGGAGGCACCCGAUCGCGCCCGAAAUUUCCGUUGUUCGCCCUCUCAAGCAUCCACGGUUGAAGGCGCGCGCGCUCCUUCCCUUCGCUCACUGUCUUUCUCCCUCUCAGGGCACUACGGGUGUUCGCUGCCGAGAUCGCUUCGACCGCUGGACGAGGCUCGGGAUUCAGCAGCCGGCGGCGUGCGAUGCACGUUGCUCGUCGAGUCGCUCCCUGGGCACAAUGUUUACGAGCACAUGGUAGAGGCCGAGUGACGCUGUCUUUUCUCUUGAGGGUUGGAGCGGUCGGAGUGUUCCGCUUUUCUAGAGCAGCUCCUGAGAGCAGUCUGUAAAUUUCUCGACUUAAAAAUUUCGUGUCAUGGGGCUUUUAAAUCGACCGGAGUCGUAAGCGCGGUCAGGUAGUUUUAACUCUGCGACGGUGCUAUCUAUGUGCGACCACGCAGUGUAGGAAGUAUCGAGGGAAGCCGACCCUGUUCUUCAAGACUCAAAGGCGGCUGGACGGAAGUUUUUGACCUGGUCUUGUGUAACGAGGUGUCCGCCUUAAGACAACAAUGAGUUCUGAUUGUUUCAAGUUCUGAAAGUUGUAAGACUGCAACAGCGUGGCUCUUGAGACAGCGAGAAGUGGAUCAUCGUUUUUCAGCGGCCUGCGAAGAAGGAAAGCACCACGCACUGUCCGGUCAUCUCCUGACUACGAGAUGAGCCCGGCUGGACGAUCAUCGCUGUUGACCGCAGCCGGUUCGAGGCAGAAGAGAAACACGGCAUUCUUUGUGGCGGUCGCAGCUGUUCUCUUCACCGCGGCGAGCAUCUCAGGACAAGCUUCGCCUGACGUGAUUCGCAUCGGUGUGGUGUACGACCAGGACACCUCUCCCGAGGAGCACAAAUUGCUCUCGCAGUCUCUGGAAAGAGCAAACCUGAACGUCAGUGACACACCACAUGUUGCGUCGGAGAAUAUCGCAAGUGGGCAUCCACGAGGUACCGGCGCUUCGGACAGCGUUCGUCGCCUAAGCCUGGCUACCGUGACGCUGAACGCCGACGACAUCCUGCGGUCAUCCAAGAAGCUGUGCAGACUUUUCGAGCAAGGCUUGCUGGCAGUGCUGGGACCACGGCAGCCGGAGACAGCUUCGCUGGUACGCACCACUUCCUUCAGGCACAGGAUGGCGCUGUUCUACUCUCACCGUGACGACGAUGCUCACUUUCGAGUCGCACCUGACUCGGUGUCCAUUACGCUGUCGCCUUCUCCCGUUGAGCUUAGCCAGGCGCUGAGGGAUCUUGUGGAAGCACAGCAAUGGGCACACUUCACGAUUAUCUACGAGAGACCGGAGGCGCUGGUGCGACUUCGUGGGCUCCUCAACAUGCAAUCACGCUUUGGUGGUCAGCCUGUGCCGGUGUCGCUUCGGAUGCUGACAGAGAAGGAAGAUCCAAGGCCCUUGUUGCGGGAAAUUGCAAAGUCUGGAGACAGCAACGUUGUCCUGGACCUUGCCGCGGAGCGACUUUCCAAGGUGCUCAAAGUGGCGCAAAAAAUAGGAAUCAUAACGGAGUAUCACAGCUACGUUGUGACAACACUGCAGGAUAUGCACACUCUGGACCUCACGCCCUUCCAAUACUCGGGAGCAAACCUCACUGGCUUCGAACUGCUGAACAGGGAGCUGUGGGAGCAAGACAUCGGUGCCGUCCGCCAGGCAUACGCUCAAAAAGGCGUUUAUCCCAUAUUCCUCGGGCAGAGGCGUUCCAGAAACCCCAUGCGGACAGAGGCUGCACUUGCUCAAGACGCAGUGAAUAUCCUCGCAAAAGGAGUGGGGAGCUUGGCGAGAACAGGAAAGCUGGGCCUCCCACCUGCUGUAUGCUGCCGUGGGAAUCAUUCCUUUGAGGUGUGGGAGCAGUCUCGGCUUCUUGUGGACGCUGUGAAGAAGACGCCUUUCUCUGGUAUGACUGGUCCUGUCUGGCUCGACCAUAUGGGUCGCCGGCGCAAUGUAUCUCUUCACGUGGUGAAGCUGAAACGAGGAGGGCUGAGUUCAGUCGGAACGUGGAGCCCAUCGUCGGGGUUGCACAUGACCCGUAUGGAGAAGACAUUCCAGGAAGAAGUGCUGAGCACGCUGAGGAACAAGACCUUAAGGAUUACCACAAUUCUGAACGCACCGUAUGUGAUGCUGAAAGCGUCUGCUCGCAAGCUCAGUGCCAACGACCGCUUCGAAGGAUUUUGCGUGGAUCUCCUUCGUGAAAUCUCUCGGAACCUAGGGUUUCGUUAUCAUAUCAGGCUAGUCAGGGACGGCGCACAUGGCACCAGAGACGCCAAAGGCCGUUGGAAUGGCAUGGUCCGUGAACUGAUUGACAAGGAGGCGGACCUAGCCGUAGGGGACCUGACCAUUACGUCCGCUCGCGAAGAAGCCGUGGAUUUCACGCUCCCUUUUAUGACGCUGGGAGUGAGCAUCCUGUUCAGCAAGCACCAAGAGGAACACUCUCUCUUCUUCUUUCUCUCGCCCCUCUCCGUUGAUGUGUGGUUGUGUGUGGCCGCUGCUCACGUGGUAAUAAGUCUGUUGCUCUGCUGCGUGACGCGCGUCGAAAGCGCCCGGGCCAGAAGCAGGAGCGCUGCCGAAACGCGCUGUUACUGCAAUUGCCACGAAAGCACAGCUGGGUGUGGUCAAGACUGCGUCGGAGAAAAGAUAGGCGGUUGUUCGCAGCUCGACAUUAUACAAGUGAAAACGAAUGGCACCGGUGCGAUGAUACGUCAUGGUGAAAGGACGUGCAGGGGCACUGAAAGCCUUGACACGACGGGCAUUGUGAAGAACCAAUUGACCUUGCUCAACAGCCUCUGGUUCACGAUCAGCUCAAUCAUGCAACAAGGAUGUGAACCUUUACCAAGGUCUGCCUCGACGUGCAUCAUUGCUGCAACCUGGUGGCUCUUUUCUUUUGUGCUGGUGUCCUCCUACACCGCGAACCUAGCCUCGUUUCUGACGCGUGAGCGGCUUCGGUCGCCCAUUGAAAGCGUCGAGGAUCUCGCCGAGCAGUCGGAAAUACGCUACGGUUGCGUGCGCUCUGGAUCGACACAGGCAUUUUUCCAGGAAUCGAGGCACGAAACGUACGAGCGCAUGUGGCAUGCCAUGAGAGAGGACGUGGUACCUUCGAACGCACAAGGUGUGGCACGGGUUGAACGCGGUGGCUACGCUUUCCUUAUGGAGUCCACCAGCAUCGAGUACGUGGUCCAACGCCGGUGUCGGCUAACGCAAAUUGGUGGGCUAUUGGACUCCAAGGGAUACGGCAUCGCGCUGCCUCAUGGGUCGCCGUACCGAAGCUUCUUCUCAUCGGCCAUUCUGCGGUUACAAGAAAACGGAACCUUACACAUGCUGAAAGAACGCUGGUGGAAAGUCCAGGAUCCAAGCAGGCGCUGCCCCGAGGAAGACGGUCCGUCUAGGCCAGGUUCGGCCAGCGAGCUGGGACUUCCCAAAGUGGGCGGGGUCUUCGUUGUUCUGCUCGCCGGUCUGGGCCUCGCCUGCCUCAUUGCCUUCGUCGAGUUCUUCAUGAAAGCGCGCUCAGCGCGCAGGUGACUGCGAAUUUACAGUAGACUCGACGCAAUGGAGAUUGAAAAAAUUAAGGAACAGCUUGCAAAGAAGAUUGAUCCUGGGACGGGCUCACUUACGACUUCAUGAAGCAAGGCUCUGGACGCUAAAGAAGCACCGCAUAUGGCAAAGACGACAUUGCUGCCUGAAGACAUAUUAUGGAACAUGAUUCAAAAUAGAGACAUGUAAAACAAGCAAUCUUCAAUUGCUCUGGUUUGCAUCAAAAUAAGCAAAAAUAAAAUGAACACUUCUU